AUGCGAGAUGCUGUAGACAAGAUCCCGCGCGCGUACCCAACCCGAGACUGCGAGUAUGGGAUACUGGCCGUCGGGGUCCCCACAAGAGAAUCGAGAUCCCCCAAGUUUGGGGGGGGGUCCUUCCGCAUUAAUACCAGGGCCCCCUCUGGCGGUGGCGCUGGCAACGACUCAGGAGGGCAAAAGCAAGCAGUUUGCCGAGGACGGCCCACAAAGCCCCUUCCGCCAACGCUCUCACCUGGCAUGGCCCCCUUUUUCCGCACCUUUCUACCCAGCUCUCUGGGCCAGACUGAGUUGCUUGGAGAAGAGAGACAUCGACAGCAACUGCUGGACGCUGAGUGCCUGAGUGACUAUGUGAACGCAGACCAUGGCCUGUACUUCAACCACUACAGGUCAGUGGAGCCCCCAUCUGAGAAGUUCUGGGAACAGCGCCAAGCAGAGAUGAAGCACUUGUAUGGGAACAGUGCUCCCAAGAUCCUGGCCAUGGAGGCUGCUGUGCAGCGGAGCUUUGACAAGCACUGUGACAGAAAGCAGCCGAAGUACUGGCCUGUCAUUCCCCUGAAGUUCUGA